GGGGCAUUGUACGGCUGGAUCCCUUCGCUGGGCGGAGCGGAUGGCGCCACGUCGGACGGCGAGGGCUAGUGUUGAUUCGAGAGUGUGUUCUUUGCAUGUUUCCCUGUGACCACUCAAAGAGAGGAAAAAUACAGGCAGGCCAUAGCUCUAGGGUUCCAUCGUCUUCUUCUUAGGGCGCGCGGGGCGGAUCCGGUGGGCGCCAUUGAUUUCGGCAUCGGCACAGUAUGUCGGCACCAGGAACUAACAAGAGCAAUGGCACGGACAAAGACCCAAAUGAGGACAAGACUGACUACACCAUAGCCAAGGCAGCGGGCGCGGUAAUCGCGACUGGGAUUGCCUGGACUGUUUUUAAGACGUUCUGGCCGAAGAAAGCCGACGAGGAAUACGAGCGCUAUAGCGAGGGAGUCUCAUCGUUCGAGUCCGAAGCCCAGGAAAAAACCGAGGGAUUGGCGGACAGAGCUGCGUCCACGAUCAGCAAAAAGUUCCCGAAGUUCUCGCGGAAGCACAAAUCCGGAGCGUACGAGGUCUGCCCGGGUGACACACUAUAUGGACUCUCGAGAAAAUACGGGGUGACUGUGGAAUCGAUCAAAGCUGCCAAUGGUAUUCAUAACGAUAUCAUAGUCGUGGGAGAUAAGCUCGACAUUCCAAGCUACUAGAGCCGCGAAGAAGAACAAGAACAAGAACUAAGUUCAUCCAUCGGGUUUUUCUUUUUUCUUUUGUUUCCGUUUUUCUCGUCCCUCUUUUUUUUCUCUUGGUUUUUUUUUCCCUGGCCUCACAGCUAUUAUCAUCCUCGUUUUUGUGGAGAUUUUUUUUAUCCUUGCGUUGUUUCAAUGUGGAAAAAUAGCAUGUGGCUAUACUUUCUAAACAUUGUGUGUGAUUGACACCUUGUAGAAUUCCUGUCUAGCCACAUUGGACGUUUGUAUAGGAUCGUGCGUUUAACUUUAUCUCGAUUUGGUUAUUAUAAGUGGGAUUAGUUUAAGGGGUAAAGGAGAUGCGCGAAUAUGCCUCGAGCUAACGCUUUUGCGCUGCCGUCUUUGCUAGCGCUCGAGAGGAGGAGGAAUGGCGAAUGCGAUAGACCCUAAUUUCCUGGCGCUCACGGCGAUCAUCACGAUUUUGUACCAGGGCUUGUUCUUCGCGAUCGCGGCCACGUUUAAAUUCGACAAAGUCACGGAUUUCGCAGGUAGCACAAACUUCGUUUUGCUCGCAUUUUUGACGGCCGUCAUCAACGGGACGUGGUUCACUCGCCAGAUCGUUUUGACACUGCUCGUCUUUGUGUGGGGGACGAGGCUCGCAGCCUUCCUGCUUAUAAGAAUCUUGAAAUGGGGAGAAGAUCGAAGAUUUGAUGACAAGCGCAACAACUUAGGCGCAUUUGCGAUCUUUUGGAUAAUGCAAGCGGCAUGGGUCUGGACUGUGAGCUUGCCGGUCACGAUAGCCAAUGCCAGCGACAUGGAUCCACCACUGGAAGCUCGCGAUGCGAUUGGAUGGUUUCUCUGGAUCUGCGGCAUUGUCAUCGAGAUGACCUCCGACUACCAGAAGCUCAAGUUCAAGGAAGACAUGGACAACAGAGACAAAUGGUGUGACAUUGGCUUUUGGAGCGUCUCUCGUCACCCCAACUAUUUCGGAGAGAUGCUACUUUGGUGGGGGAUCUUCGCAGCCGCCUCGCCAGUUUUUCGAGGCGGCCAGUGGGCAGCCAUCUUCGGGCCACUUUUCCUCAUGGCCAUCCUCCUCUUUCUCAGCGGCCUGCCUUUGCUCGAGGCAUCUGCUGAUAAGAAGUAUGGUUCCAAUCCAGCGUACAGGAUGUACAAGGAAACCACCAGUCCCUUGAUACCUUUCCCGCCCACAAAGUAUGCACAGCUCCCACCUUGGGUGAAGAAGACGUUCUUUUUCGAGUUUCCAAUCUACAGCAAACAUUUGGGUGUUGUCGAUUGAUCAAUCGCUCGCUGCCAGCCUUGUUGAUCAGCUUAUUGGUAAAGUUUCUUCAAAUCCUCGGCGAACGCCUUGCGUAUGUUCUCCCUUUUGAUCUUCAACGCGGCAGUCACUAGUCCCGUCUCUGGAGUCCAUGGAUCCGGCAGCAGCUUGAUCUUGGAGGGUAUCUCCGAUUUUUGGAGGCGAGCUUGCUUGGCCGUCUGCGUAGAUUCACAUCAAAGUUAGCCAAAAAAAACCUUUGAGAAAACAAAGUUCUCAAUGAACCUGAGAGAUAGAUUUCAGUA